AUGGCUCGCGCAACCCGCAACGGAGCAACCUCAGCGGGAACCAAGAAACGGAAUAUCGAUGAACCAACCAGCCAAACUUCUCCUGUGAGGAGGUCCAAGAGGGUCAAGCCUACUGAGGAGAAACAGCCAUCUGAAGAUCUCAAAGAAGAAGAGGAAGAGGAGGAAGAGGAAGGAAACGGUGUUCAAUCUCCACCAAAAAAGACACCAGCAUCAAAAUCCAAGCAAGGCUCGUCUGUAAAGAAGGAAGAAGAAGACGACGACGAAGAAGAAACCAAGCCUCCUGCAAACACCAAACAAGGAAAAGAGAAGAAACCAGCUGCUUCGAAAGCUACCCCGAAAGCUGCCACAAAAAGAGGCAAGACCAAGGAAGAGAAGGAAGCAGAAGCGAUGCCCUUGAAACCACGAACGCAGGGACUGCGCAUGCUCGUAGGUGCCCAUGUCAGUGCUGCGAAAGGUGUCUUUAAUGCGGUACAUAAUAGCACUCAUAUCGGUGGAAAUGCCUUCGCCCUGUUCUUGAAGUCCCAGAGAAAAUGGGACAACCCUCCACUGCAGGAUGACCACAGAGACCAAUUUCGAAAGCUUUGCUCAGAACAGAAAUAUGAUGCAGCCAAACACGUUCUCCCCCACGGUUCAUAUCUCGUCAACCUGGCACAAGAAGACAAAUCCAAAGCGAAACAAGCCUACGAUUCCUUCUUGGACGACCUUAAACGCUGCGAAGCGCUCGGAAUUCAGCUCUACAACUUCCACCCAGGAAGUGCCAACCAAACAAGCCUCCCCGACGCCCUAUCCCGACUAGCCAAAGCACUCACAAACGCCCUAACCGCCACAUCAACCGUCAUUCCCGUCCUCGAGACCAUGUGCGGCCACGGAACCACCAUCGGCGGCUCUCUCAGCGAAUUCCGCGACCUCCUAGCCCUCAUCCCCAAGGAACACCACCCCCGAAUCGGCAUCUGCAUCGAUACCUGCCACAGCUUCGCCGCAGGCUACGACCUAACCUCCCCAACGGGCUUCAAAUCCUUCAUGCAGGAAUUCGAAGACCUAAUCGGAAUCCAGCACCUGCGCGCACUUCACCUCAACGACUCCAAAGCCCCAGGAGGCAGUAAACGAGACUUACACGCAAACAUCGGCACAGGAUUCCUAGGUCUCCGCGCAUUCCACAACGUCAUGAACGAGCCUCGCUUCGAAGGUCUCCCCAUGAUCCUAGAAACACCAAUUGACCGUCCCCAAACCGCAUCUUCAAAAACCACCACCACAAAGAGCGCCCACGAAGAAGAAGGCUGCGGCAGCGAAAUGGACUCCGAAUCCGAAACCGAAAAACCAAAGGGUAAAAAGAAACAAUCCAAAAAGCCCGCUAGUGCGAAGACACCCAUGGUGGCGGAUGCAUCCGUGUGGGCACGCGAGAUCAAACUCCUCGAGUCCUUGAUCGGGAUGGACCCCGAGAGCGAGGAAUUCCGUACUCUCGAAAAAGAGUUAUCGGAAGAAGGUAGGGAGAUGCGCGAGAAACAGCAGGAACAAUACGAUCGAAAACUAGAGGCUGAGGAGAAGAAGAAAAAUAAAGCUCCUGCGAAGGGACAGAAGAGUCUAAUGGAUAUGAUGAAAGGGGCAGGGGGUAAGGCUAAGGGUAAUAAGAAAUGA